ACAGGGACCAGUGCAGAGGAUCUAGACUCUCCUUGACUGGAUCCAACUCAACAACUGCGCAUUAAGUUAGGUCAAAAUUCACGAAGUCUUUGCAUCCGAAAUCUGAAUAGCGGAGGGUUUCUGCGCUGUGAGGAGUUUGUUUUCUGCAUUUCAAUCUUCAGAAUUCCAGGCAGGCGGUUGGUUAAUAAACAAAUGGACAGAGAACUUGUUGUGUCUCCUCUCAUCGACGCACUGCUAGGCAAACUAAAUUUGCUUUCCGAUGCUGCUGCUGGCGGCGGCAACGAUUGGGCCCUGAUGGAGUGCGACCUCACAAAACUCCGGUUCACUAUCAAUCAAAUCGCCGAGGUGGUGGUUGUUGCAGAACAUAAACUUUUCUUCAAGGAAAUCGCCAACGGUGAAUGGCUGGAGGAAGUUGAGGAAGCAGCUUAUGAUGCGGCUGAUCUAUUGGAUCUGAUGAUAGCAAACAAUAAUUUUUGCAAAACCUUGUUAUCCGGAAGCUUAAUUCGAUCACCUGUGUCUAAUUUGUUGGCGAAGGAGGUAGUUAAUUGUAUCUCCUUUCCACGAAGACUUGACGAGCUUGUUCUUAAACUGGGCAAGGUUAAGAAAUUGGCACUGAGGUUUUUCGAAUUGUGGAAGGAAGGGAAGGACAUAGUUCCUUAUGAUUCCAGAGAGGCUGGCCUUCUCAUCAGAUCCCACAUCCGAAGCCGCCCUAAACUUAACCUCCAAGGGGUUGAGGAGAUCAAGGCGUCGUUGCAAUCCGACGCAAUUUUGGGUAGGUAUGAGGACAAGAAUCGGAUGUUAGAUCUGUUGAUCGACAACAACUCCCAGUUGCGGCCUCGUGUUAUUCCCAUUGUCGGUCAGGACGGGGUUGGAAAAACCACUCUUGCCCAGAUGAUCUACAAUGAUGAGGUGGUAAAGGCACGUUUCAACUUAAGGGCUUGGGUGUCCGUAGACGCGGAAGGUAAUGUCCCAGAUGAUUCUAUUGCAGAAAAGAUUGGUAAAGGGAUCGUCGAAUCUGCAAUGGGGAUGUCCUGUCAACUGGUUGCUGUAGAUGAGCUAGACGAACUCGUUAGAGAUGCCUUGGAAUCAAAAACAUGUCUAAUCGUGUUAGCGGGAGUCAAUUCGAUGAUGUCUCGGGAGGCAUGGAUGCGACUGCUUGAGAAAUGGUUUUCUACUGUUGCACCUGGAUCGAGUGUUAUAGUGACAACUUGCAACAGUGAAGUUGCAGAUUUUAUGUCCACGGUUCGGCCUUACCAAUUGAAUGCAUUGUCCGAAGAAGAUAGUUGGUCUUUGUUCAGACAGCUAGCUUUCGAGCCCUUUCAAGUUAUGGAGAGUCCAGAAAUCGUGUCCAUUGCCAGAAAAAUUGUAGUCCGCUGCCUUGGUAUCCCUCUCUUUUUGAAUCUUCUCGGAGGCCUGAUGAGAUUCCACAAGACAAAAGAAGAGUGGCUUUCUGUCCACGAUUGCUUCGAAAUGCUGUCAGCACGUCCCUGGAUGGCCUGCUGUAUCACACCAUUGCAUUCUGAUAUCCAUAAUUUUCUCUCUGUGUGCUAUCACUAUCUACCACCACACCUAAAGCAGUGCUUCGCGUACUGUUCCAUUUUCUCAAAGGAUCGUGUGCUGGACAAAGACAAAGUGAUCCAGAUGUGGAUUGCUGAAGGUCUUGUUCAGUCAACUGGAGGAAACGGAACGCUAGAGGAGAUUGGCAAUGUUUUUUUUCAGGAGCUGUUGUGCAGGUCAUUCUUCACAGGUGAGAAAUGGGAUGAGUACGGUGAAACAACUGGGUACCGGAUGCAUCCCUUGUUGCAUGAUUUAGCGAGAUUUGUUGCGAAUUUUGACCAUGUAGUGAAGGCUGGGGUUGGAUGCAGUCAAUCCAGAAAAUUCUGUCAGGUAUCUUUGGCUUUUCAUUCUAAAUCAUCAACUAUUUCAAAAUCACUAGAUCUUCCGAAACACCUGCGGACACUGCUUUUAUUAUCAGGUGGCUUCCAGGGGACCGUUGAUCCUUCAGUUAGACUGAAAAGUCUCCGGGUUCUGGAUUUGUCUUUCAGUGGUAUUCAGAAAUUGUCAAGUCAUAUUGCUAUUUCACAGCAUCUAAGAUACCUUGACCUCUCCCAGACAUCCAUUAAAAGAUUGCCCAAUAGCUUAACCAACCUAAAACACUUGCAGACUUUGAGGCUAUCAAGGUGUUCUCAUCUGCAGGAGUUACCUGAAGGAAUGCACAAUAUGACUGAUCUCAGACAUUUGGAUGUUUCUUUCUGUCAUUCAUUAUCUCACAUGCCAUCGAGGCUUGGGCAACUAACUUCUCUUCAAUCACUGCCAUUAUUUGUUUUGGGCGAGAGUAAGGGAUCUGCUCACCUAGGAGAUUUGCAUAAGCUAAACCUCAGAGGUAAAUUAGAGAUAAAGAAUCUUGAAAAUGUGACACAUAUCUCAGAGGCACGUGAUGCAAGGCUAUAUGAGAAAGAAAAUCUUUACCAUUUGGGAUUAUCAUGGAACCAUGUUGUGGAUGCUUCUUCUAAAAUAUCUAGUGACCUCCUUUUAGAAAGCUUAUGGCCGCACCCAAAACUUAAAGUCCUGGAUAUAACAGGCUAUAAUAGUAUCAGGUUUCCGUCAUGGAUGAUGGAUUCAACCAUCCACAAUCUGGUUAAAGUUCUCAUCACCCACUGCAAAUGUGAAGAACUUCCACCAUUGGGCCAGCUACCGUACCUUAAGGAGCUUUGUAUAAGAUGGAUGACUAAUUUGCGAUCCAUAGGACCUGAGUUUUAUGGCGAUAAUUCUGGUACUCCAUUCCCUUCUCUGCAUCAGAUUGAGCUUUCUAAUAUGCCUGUAUUGGUUGAAUGGUUGAAUUUGGCCUCUUUAAAAGAAUCAACUAGUGCGACAAUAGGAUACACAUUUCCUUGCCUUAACACAAUGAUAGUCGAAGAUUGCCCUGAGCUUAUAGGCUUCCCGGUUCUUUCUGCUCUGAAGAACUUAGUUAUCCGGAAUAGCAACAAGAAGCUAUUAUGUUCCCUGGCCAACUUAAGAUCACUUUCCUCCCUUGUUAUCAAUGGUAUUCAGGUGGAGUUACCUGGGGAUUUGGGGAAUUCAAACUCUAUCGAGAAACUGAUGAUACGCCGUUGUGUUUUCCUUGAUUACCACUUUGAGGAGUGUAUGCAGGGAUUUACUUCUGUUAAACAUCUGGGGAUUCUUUACUGUAAUGAAAUGGCAUUUUUUCCAAUACGCUUAAGGUAUCUCACUUCCCUUCAGAAGCUGGAUAUCAUAGAGUGCCAUGACUUGAAGUUUAUGCUAGAUGUUAGGGAAUCGCUCCCUUUACUUCAAGAGUUGAGUAUUGAAGGUUGUUCUUUGCUGGCUUCAUUGCCAAACGAUAUGUACAACCUCCCCAGCCUACAAAAGCUAAUCAUUAAAGGAUGCCUUGAACUGUCAUACCUCCCUGAAACAUUGUGUGACAUAUCUGCACUCCGAUAUUUGUUGAUUUCUGGAUGUCCUAAAUUGGAAAAAAGAUUGGAAAGAGCAACAGGCGAGGACUGGUUCAAGAUAGCUCAUGUUCCAUGUAUCAUAAUUUCAUAAUUCACAUGCUUGAAAGUCAGGCUGAUUGAAGAUCACAGAAGAGUUUGAGACCCAACGAAGGAAAAGCUUCAGUGAAGUUGAACAUCUCUGGCUGCUGCAGCUCAAGGAACUCAAGGAAGCAGUGGUAAAAGCACUGGGGAAGGCAAAUGGAAGAGAUUAGGCCACUGGUUGUUAUGUUGAAAAGUCUCCAGGAUCAGUGGAGGAAUUUUCUACCAUAUGCAAUAUGUUUGUAGCCAUUGGAUUUAUUUUAAUCCAAAGAAAAGGCUACCUGUUGAACCAGUUACCUCCCGGACGCUUCUACUCCUCCAACGUGUUUCAUUGUCUGUGCUGUGGGAUGACCCAAUCGUUCAUCUCUCUCUCUCUGAUACCCAGCCUGCCCAGGCCCUCUCCUGCCUGUGGUACUCGCCCUCAUCGGCGCAGUUUUCAUUCUAGUUCGGCUGAAAGAUCCAAUAAAAUCUGAAGCUUAUUGGAAGUUUGCUAGAAGUUAUCAUCCUGAUGAGAACAAGUAGCAACGUGCAUGUGCUGCGUGGAUUUUUUCGAAGGGGAUAAUCUUUGCCUGUUUGUGGUGAACUUUUGUCCUUUCCUCUUUCAUAUGCACUCACUCUCUUCACAUGAUUUUAAUGCAUGCCGUUUCUAGUCCACCUUAAAAAUAUUAUUUACAUUUUCUUUUCAUUAUGAAUGGACACUCUGGUGUGGCAGUCAGUAUGUUGACGAGAUGAACUGAAUGUGAAAAAUAGGAAAGCCACCAGAGGAAAAAGAAUCAUAAAAAUCACGACGUACAGGAUCCAAUAUCUAACAAGAGCAUAGAUCCAAUUUCAAAAUUCUUAGAUGUUCAGCCAUAUGACAUAUUCCAUUUGUAUGUGGAUGGGGCAUCCCACAAGAUACAUAACCAUUUCAUGUACCUGUAGACUCUAGUGAGGAGAAAUUUGACAGAGGUGAAGGUGCUGACAAGGAUUAUGCCCAACAAAUGUACACGGAUGGUUGACCUCUUUCCAAAACACGACCCUCCCUUUUUAGCGAUCAAGAUAUAAAUUUAGAUGGUUUUAAUGUGGAUGAAUGUAAUUUUGGAUAGCUGCUUUGUGGAUGAUGUAAAUUUGAUUUUGGUAAUCCAUGCAUGUGUAGAUUAUUGAUGUGUCCAUGAAAUAUUUUGGAUGCUAAUCCAUGUAUAUGAUAUUUGAAUACCAUUGAUAUA